UCACUUCCAAAUUUGGAGCGCGGCGCGUGGCGCGGACAGCUUCUUCCCUGCUGUCCCACCCAAGCUUGCCUGUUUUCAGCCAUUGUUAUGCGGCCGCCAGGUCACCGCAUAUGCACCUCGAUCGCUCUCUUCGUGCUCUCUUGACUUGCGGCGCGUUGCUUACCACCUCGCUCGUUCCUAGCUCUAUUGCAGCGGUUCUUGCACGAGGGGAAUGCAUUCAGCGCAAACGCUCGCGUUGGUCAUGUUGACACGACCAUUGGCUGCGACACGGCUCUUCAGACACUGAGCAAAGAUGGCCAUCGUCAGGCCUGCACCUCCGGCGCUUUCGGGCGAACUCUCCCUUUACCACACCACCGAUCCGCUCCUUUCAAACUCCCCCGUGCUGGCUUUCUAUGGGCCAGCAGCGACGAUUGGCGCGACGAGCUCGCGUAUUCAGAUCCAUGUCUUCACGCCAGCGGGUCUCGGCUCCUACCCAAGACUUGCAGUCUCACCAAACGCAGCCCACUACUCUGCAGUGAGCAGUCUACCGCGCGAAGAGCAAGGAGAUGAGGUGAUUCGAGGCCUCGCUUUUGGAUUGAAGAAAUAUUUCGUAGAACUGUCGGAGGAUGUGAGAGACAUCUGGUGCGUGGAGACCAAGGCCUCAGCGCCGGCCGCGCUGUUCACCAAUGAGCAUGUCGCAAUUCUUGCGAGUCGGAUGACGCGAGUGGAAAACACAGAAGAGGUCAUUGAGCAUCUCUCGCGUGCCUUCGGAGAACAGAGACUAUCUUGGGUGGAUGUCGAUGUCGUGCUUCCUUCUGGAGCGAUCAAACAACAUCAAGAUGGCCGGGAUACGGACGACCUGAAGGCGCUGUCCGAACGUUACGGGAGGUACGCAGAGCUCAUCGAGUCGCUGGGAGAGCUCUCAUUUCUGCCGACAUCCGCUCUGAAACGCGCACCAUCCAAAGCGUCGACAAUCGGACGGACGGCUUCCUUCUUGAGGCUGCAGAAAGAGAACCUCCGCAAAGAGAUACAGGAGUUGCUUGACACCGAAGAGCGAUAUGUCGAUCGGAUUUCCGAACUGGAAACGCUGUUCAAAACCGUUACGAACGAUGCACAAGGUCACCCACAGCAAGGAUUGGUCGACCUCUUCCCUGCAGCCAUCGAGGACAUUGCCGACUUGAACGCCGCAUUCUUGAGAGGCCUUCGCACAAUUGUUCGAUCUACAGAAACGACAGCAUUGAUUGAUAUUGAGACCACGGACCCGGAUGUACCAGCACCGCUACAGCCACAUCAGGCUGUCUUGCCAGACAAUCAGGGUGCUGUCGCUGUCGCCAACUGCCUGUGUGACUGGUUCCCGCAAUUCAGCGAAGGCUAUCGCAAGUACAUGCGAAGUCACGAGAACUCAGCCCAACUCCUGCGCGAUCUCAUGAAAGACCUGGACUCCCCGCAGGCCGCUGAUCUUCAAGAUUUCGGAGAGCAGAAACUAUUCUCACUUCUCAUUGAGCCCAUUCAAAGACUGCCGCGCUACAACCUCUACAUCGACAAUAUUGUGAAGCAGCUGCCAUUCCGUCAUCCCGCGAUCAAGCCGUUCCUGAAAGCGCGAGACCUCAUCUCGGAUAUCUGCGACUAUGAAGACCUUUCUGACUUGGCCAAAACGACGAUGGAGAGGCUCCGAGCCCGGGUAACAGACUGGCCGUCUGAGACGCAGCCUUCAGGACGGCUAGUGACCGCAGCAGAUUUCACCCGAUUGAGCCCGCCAUACGAUCUGGAGAGUGGCAACGUUGACCAAGGAAUUCUUCUGGUGUUCACACAAAGUCUGGUCGUUCUCGGGAAUGCAGGCCAGCACGCAGUCUCCGCCAAGUCACUAUUGAAUGAACUUGAAAGUGGACCUGCUGCUACUCAGCAUCUUCAUAACCGAACGACUACUCACCUGAGAUUUCUUCGUCAAGUUCAGCUGAACUCGGUAGACUGUCUGGAAGUCUUGAACGGAGAAGCAUUGGAGUUCUUGUCAGACGAACAGCACACUAGUUCAACAGGGUCCCAGGAUACGUCGUGCCAGACGCUGCGCCUGCACGGGUCUUACGAACGGCGUGCGGAGCGUCUUUUGGAGGAGCUCUGCAAAGCCCGCAUCGAGGGCCGCUUCAGUGAGGCUGAACGAGAUGGUACGAAAUGGGAAGUGCGUGCCUCGGAUCCCAUCGCAGACACUGUAAACCUCUUCAGCGCCGUGUUCGAAGACUCCAACCCGGACUUCACCAGUAUGAGAACUUCCUGCGCUCCAAUACGAGUCAUUGUCGACAUUGACAGGCACACACACCGGCCCCGAGCUGGUCAAAACGGAGUUCGCACCGUCGCUUCCGUCUCACCUUUGCGAGAUGGGCUAUGGCGGCUUGCGAUUGACUCGUUGGACGGCAAGGUAGCCCCUGAGCACGUGCCAGCGUCAACCCUUGUCCGAGCACUACGGAAAAAAUUGACCGUGUUGACUGCCUCGCAAUUCGGAAUCGAGCAGCCGGCUUUGACAGCCUGCCUGCUCGCCACGCAUGCUGACAUCCUACUCUCUAUCGAUCUGCGAUUCAAAACAGAAGGGGAAGAAGCAUCCCAAACCUCCCGACAGGAACGUACGAACCGGCCCAUGUCCCCGAAGAAGUUCCUAUCAAGCUUCUUGUCGAGCACUGGUUCUGGUAGCCAACCCCCAAUGGCGCUGAAGAAACAGCUCCCACCGUUGCCACCAACCAGUCUGCCUCGCGCUCCAACCAUGAAUCCGCCAUCCCUCAAGCCGCCGAGCCGCGGGAGUCGCCCCUCCUCAAAGGACCAGCCCACACCAACAUCAGUGCUGUCGAUGCGCUCAACCGAUCAGCUAGACAAUCCAUUGAAGAAGCUGGAAGACACCUUGUCGGCAUAUUUGCUUGCUCUGCAGGCGCGCAAGGGCAACAUUGUCGGGCGGAAUCUCAAGAUGCGUGCGUCAGCGGAUGAACUCGCCGCCAAUGAGCUGUACAAUACGCUGCUCGAAGACCCCAGCAUGAUGGUGCUGGCAGCUCAAGCACCGGUCGACGUCUUGUUCGUGGCAUUUGAGAAGUUCCUCAACGUUGCGUGGAAGGAGGUGAUUGGGCAAGUCAUGCCAUUCGCCAGCAUCCAAGAGAUUCAAGCAAAAGCAGAGACCUCUUUCCCUGCGGACUUUGACGAGUUUUUCAAGUCCACUCUCAGCAGCUUCCCUCCGCAAAAUCAACGGGCGUUCAGGGGGAUCAUGAAGCUGCUGGCAGACCUUCUAGAUGGGACUGGUAACGACAGCGAUCGCGGGAUUCUGACUUGUGCCUUUGCCGAGCUGCUUGUCACGGAGGGCAAUCCUCACGACUACAUCGCACUCAUCGACAGAUUCGUCGAUGACCCUGACACCUAUUUCGGCGAGCCGCUUGAGGAUGUCCAGAAGGCGGCGGAUUCGUCAACAAGCCCUCACAAGAGAGCGCGUUCCACCAACUCUGCGUCAAUCACCUCCAACACGUCGUCGCUCAGGAAGAAGUUUGGCUUUGGCCUCUCGAGAGAGAACAGCAAGUCUGAGCCAGAGUCGAAGAUGGCUUCGGUAUGGCGUUCACUGAGCAAGAGCACGAGAGGCGAUGCUAGUCCGGGGGGUCACCUUCCGAAGGUCCCGUUGCACCGGUCCCAAUCGACUGAUGCUGAUGUUCGCGUCGCAGCCUCCCGGCCAGUGUCUUACGAUGGUGCUCUGUCCACUUUUGGCGAAGACUUGUCCUUCACCGGCUCGAAUCUCAAUCUCAACCUGGGCUUGGGACUGGGGCUGUCCACUAUCGGCGAACACCCAAGUUUCAUACCAACUCAGCCGCCGAGGAAGAAGAGGCGUAGCUCGCUCUCCGAUCUCAAGGCUCUGGAGGUGACCCAGCAGGCGUCUCCCGCGUAUUCGCCAGCAGCAGCUCGACAUCCACCAGUGGCCCAGAGAGUAAAUGUGGACAAGUCGCUGCCCAGCUCUCCCUUGCCUUCUUCGCCUUCCUCUAGAGGCGGAAGCGGGAGAUUCGGCUCGCCUUCUAGAGAUUCCGCACGCUCGAGACUGCCCACGUCUUUCUUGAAGGAGAACUCACCCGGGCCGACUAGAGGGCUUGGGAUUGGUGAGUUGAGACCGAAGAGCAGCGACAGUAAAGGGAAUGAUUCUCUUGUCUCUUCGAGACCGAAGAGCAGCGACAGCAAGGCGAAUGAAGUCGUUAUCACUUCAAGACCAACAUCGGGUAUCCCAACGCUCACUCCGAGAGGCCUUUCGCCGCAGAAAGCUACUGCGGCCGUGCAAACCAGUCCAGUACGCGCCGGUCUAGCAGAGCGGCCUGGAGCCGGAAACAUCGUCAAGAAGCCAUCGCCGUCUACAGAAAAGACGAUCAGAUCACCCGUCACAGUGACGGAAACUGGCUCGCCAAAGAAGCUUCGCAUGCAGUCUCCGCAAAAGCUUCGAGAGCGCCUGCAGAAUGAACAGAACGCCAUCGCAGCCACUCAAGCGACAUUGGCAAAUGAGCUCAGCAAGAUCGGCGACGAGCUGGCUUCGACUCCGAAUCGUACGGGCUCCCAGGCUAUUCGUUCACACGCUCAUGCCGCCACUCCGACGGAUCUGGCCCAGCGUGUGUUGAGAAUGGAAAUGCAGCUUUCAACACAAAUCGCAGACCUCACCAGUCAACUGGCCAGCAUCCAGUCCGAUUUUGCGACUUCUCUCGCCGUCUCGGAGGCCAAGUGCAAGCGCCUUGACGACUUGUAUCGUGAGUCGAAUGCGGAGAAUGAGGCGCUGUACGCGCGGUUCAACGACGAGUUGGGCCGGGUUGUCAAGGCUGUGAGGGGCGGGGAGGCGCUGGAGGAGUUGAAGCUGAAGUUGAAGGAGAGCCAGGAGGAGGCUACGAAGGUGAAGAGGGAGAAUGUGAGGUUGAAGCGGGAAAAUUUGGGGCUGAGGGCGCAGUUGAGGGAGUGAUCAGAUGGGUAUGAGGGAGAGGAGGGCUGUGGCAGGUUGUGAUGCAUCUUCAGCGGGAUAACAUGGUUGGGGACUGAACAUAAGUUUACGGUUGUAUACUCUGCGGUGGUUCAAGGUCGUAUAACGACGGGGAUGUAGCAUACAGGCCAGUAGAUGAUUCCAUGACAUGAGAUGUUCGAAGGAAG